UUCUACACGCAUAAUUUCUUCGCACUGGCACCAGGGGCAGGGCAGGAUGAGCUCCGGCGGCUGCUCAACGUGCCUGGAGAUCAUCGCCGCCGUGCUCCCGCCGCUCGGCGUCUUCUUCCGGUUCGGCUGCUGCAGCUCGGAGUUCUUCAUCUCGCUGCUGCUCACGGUGCUGGGCUACGUCCCGGGCAUCGUCUACUCCGUCUAUGUCGUCUUGAAGACGCCGCCGGAGCUGCCGGGCAUCGACGGCGACCGCCCCUACUACAUCCUCGCCUGAGAAGCUCCUCCGUGCAUACUGUUGUACACUGUGUCGUUGUCGCCAUUGGUGGGACUGGAGAUCGAUGGUUUGUCAUUGCGUCGUGGCCGGUGGUUGUACCUGCAGUGCUGUUUCUUAUUGAAUGGACUGGUGCAUGCUGCGUAAUUGGUUGGGCUAUUAUUGAUUCAUUAAGGAAAUAGUCUCGGUGCCGCUGGCUCGCGUGAGCUACUCAUCAGUGUCAUGUCGAUGCCGGAAAUUACUGUUAUUAGCUAAUUACUUACUCAUGCGUUGCAAUGGAUACAUACAUAUAUUCUAGGCUUAACACCAGUCGUGUCCGACAUAUACGUUGCCCAUCAUAUUAUAGUCAUUUUUGAAGAUUUGAUUUGAUUUGAGUAUGUAUAGGAAAACCAAGAAAAGUUUUGAUUCGGUUGAGAUAUGAUUUGAUUUGCGCAUAGGGGGAAGAAAGGAAAGUUUUAAUUUGCUUAUUAAGUUUUUCGGUAAGAUUUUAUUUGAUUUGACUAAGUUUAAUGUUGAACAUGAUUUUGAUAAGAUUUGAGUAAUGCAUAAUCUCUACUACUUAAAAAUCUCUACUACUUAAA